AUGAGCGCAGGUGCAGGCGAAGGCGCGUACAGUUUCUCGCUCACCACCUUUUCCCCCAGCGGGAAAUUGGUGCAGAUUGAGCAUGCACUUGCGGCAGUGAACCAAGGUACGACAAGUCUUGGUAUCAAAGCAUCCAAUGCUGUCGUGAUUGCGACGGAAAAGCGUGUGCCAUCGCCUUUGGUGGACGACGCUGCGGCAGAAAAGGUCGCCGUCGUGUGCCCUAACAUUGGAAUCGUGUACUCUGGUAUGGGCCCCGAUUUCAGGAUACUGCUCGCGCGCGCACGCAAGAUUGCGCAGUCCUACUGGAAGGUCUACGGCGAAUACCCACCGACCAAGAUUCUUGCCAUGGAGAUCGCGACAAUCAUGCAGGACGCGACCCAGAGCGGUGGUGUGCGUCCCUUUGGCGUGUCGCUUCUUAUUGCAGGGCACGACGCGUGUGGGCCCGCACUCUACCAGGUGGACCCGAGCGGAAGCUAUUUCAUGUGGAAAGCCAGUGCGAUUGGCAAGAACAUGACCAACGCGAAAACCUUCCUCGAGAAGCGGUAUAGCGACGAUAUCUCGCUUGAGGACGCAAUUCACACCGCGAUCCUUACGCUCAAGGAAGGGUUCGAGGGCCAAAUGACAGAAAAGACAAUCGAGAUCGGGAUUGUGGGCCAGGCGACCAAAGCGCUGGUCAAUACAGGCCUCACGCCAGAGCCCGUGUUCCGUCGCUUGACAGAGCAGGAAGUGAGGGAUUAUCUCGCACUUUAA